CCUGCUCAAGCAUCAGGAAUGUAGUGGGGGAGAUCUACCAAAGUUACUUAGAUAAGUUCACCUCUAUGAUUCGGACAGUUGGUUCGGUUGUGACCAUCUCGUACCAUCCUGUUACAAACCAACUGUAGACAUGGCGGAUAAAGAAAAGAAAAAGAAGACCAAAAAGAAGGAGGAGCCAGCGGCAGCUGCUCCACCACCAGAACCUGAACCAGCACCACCUCCAGCAGAAGAAAAGCCACCAACCCCUACCGGUACACCCAAAGAAUCUGGUUCAACUAGAGCAAGUAGUCGUGGUAGCCGCAAAGCUAAACGCUCUGGAUCCAGUGUGUUUUCUAUGUUCACUCAGAAACAAGUUGCCGAAUUUAAAGAGGCAUUCCAACUUAUGGACGCAGACAAGGAUGGUGUAAUCGGAAAGAAUGACCUCCGCGCGACAUUCGAUUCUGUUGGUCGUCUUGUUACUGAUAAAGAACUUGACGAAAUGUUAAACGAAGCUCCUGCACCCAUCAACUUUACUCAAUUGCUAAAUCUGUUUGCAACUCGCAUGGCGGGAUCAGGUACCGAUGACGAUGAAGUCGUAAUUGCUGCCUUCAAUACCUUCGAUGACAACGGUAAAAUUGAUGGUGAAAGAUUGAGGCACGCUUUAAUGACAUACGGUGACAAAUUUUCUGCGAAGGAAGUCGAUGAUGCCUAUGAUAAUAUGUACAUUGAUGACAAAGGUUUCAUUGAUACACAAAGUCUUAUCGCAAUGUUGACUGGUACGGGUGAUGAAGAAGAGGAAUAACUUUAAGUGAUUUUCAGCAUUAAAAAUUUUUGUUCAAUUUCUGUUCAUUGAAAGCGAAGUCUUGUAUUGGCGUCAGGUGUGCUUAAUCAGCUCCCACGCGAUGAAAAGUUUGAAAAAGAGCGAAAAGCAAAUACAUGUAUAAUAGUUUCGUUGUCUUUAUUUCUUGAUACAAUUGUUUCUUAAAGGAAGUUAUUUUAAAGAGCUAAACUGCAAGAUCGUCGAACUUUGAUUCUUGGAAGUGGAAAAUAGCAUAGCUGUCGAAAAACGAGGCUUUGAAUCUGCAUAUUAUUGUUCAUAUAAUAAAAAUAUUUUAAAACACUACAA